AAUGUGCAAAAUUUCGCGUGAAAUAUUAACGUUGUUUGAUAUUUGUGCUCCGUUACGACGCGAAUUCCCCAAAGCUGCACACCUUAAAAACUGAAAAGUUCAUUAUAGCCAACUGAAAGAAUGACUGAAAGUAUAGAGCAAAAGCUGAAGCACUUGAUGAGGAAGGCUUGGAGGGAGCGCUGGACAGAUCUCAUGUGGGGUAUUUAUGUCAAAGAGGUCAUUCCUGCGGGAUCAACAGGAGACACCUAUAACUUAGCGGAAAGCAUUCUCAAGCAAGCUUUGAUUGGACCAUCCCCAAACUCCAAGUUGCUUUCUUAUUUACAAUAUUCUCUGAAUGUUCAGAUUGUUUCAUAUAGUGCUGUCUUUGAGAAUAUUUGCCUUCAAGGGAGUAUACAGAAGACUAGAUGCCUUUUAGAGUUGUUGCAUCUCCUAGAACAGUCAUUGAAACACAUAUCAUGUUCUGGAUCUGCGGAUGAGUGUGCAGCGUUAGCAUCGUCUCUUAUGUCAUUGGAAACUUGGUUGUGGAGUAUUAUGUCCGAUGGACUCAAGAAGUUGUCUGAAGCUAGUAGUACAAGCAAUAGCUACACAGUCAUCUGCCAUUAUACAACAGGGCUGUUGGGCACUUUGUAUGAGGAAAAUUAUUUAGUAUCUCUUCUUUAUAUCGCACGUUGCUGUACUAGUGAUCAGUUUGCGGCAACUAAUCUUGCAUCACUUGUAAAUCAAACUGAAUCAAACAUAAAACAUCUAGCUGGUACCGGAAAUUCAUCGUUGGAAAACUUAGUGGAACCUGUUGAGAAAGUCAUCCGGCAAUGUCGAUUGUUUGAAAAUGACUUGUUCAAAGAAAACGGUCCAGAAAAGCCGUUUUAUGAGAACUCGUUGUGUACAGACAUACACACUUUAAUAUCUUGGGAGGCAUUGUUGCGUCCUACGUCAGAUGGUCUCGAACUAACACGUCAAUUAGAAGUGCUACAAAAACUAAGGGGAUAUUCUGCCACUCAAUUGUACUGCGAAAUCCUUCGAGCUUGUUGCCUGGGUUUAGCUGAAACAGCCGAUUCACCUGGAGAGCUACGAUGGGCCGUCUUCACUUUUCUUAAGGCACCUUUACUACUGCUUCGACUUCACCGAUCAAUUUUUGGAUUGGAUCCGAAUUCUCCUAUUGGCGAACCAAGCCCUGAAGUCGCCGUGGCGUUUGAACGACUCUUAUGCUACCCAGGUCUUCUAGAAACUACAGAUGCGAAAUGCCAUUGCAACGUUGUCGAAGGGUUGCUGAAUGAAGUGAAAAUGCGCACAUCUCUGCUAUCCGAAUGGCAUGUUACUAGUAUUCUAAGCAAAAGAGAAAGCCUAUCGCGCGGAGGCCUGAAAUUGGAGACUACAAACACUCAAAUUGCUACUUUAGUGCUUCGUGCCGAACCCACUGUGGCCAGUAUUUUAAAAACUUUGGACACGGAUUACGCGAAAAACCAGGACACGUUAUUAAAAGUUUUGUCUCAUUUGCUAUCGGGCCAAAGCUUUGAGCUGAUACUAAACGCCGCUACAGGAACAGGUAAACUCCGGGCAUUCGCCACAAAACUAGUGCGCUUCAACGAAGCGAACCGCCAACCGGCUGGCUCUGAUCCAAGUAAAACGGCAAAUUCAAGGGCAUUGCUUUUUGACAUUUCUUUUCUAAUGCUUUGCCGUAUUACGCAGAUGUACGGCAUCGAGGUUAUCUUAAGUGGCGAACAAGGAGGGGAGACUUUUUUUGAACAAUGGGCUUCAGAAUGGUUGAAACCAAACCAGGCACCCGAUCUUUUAUUAAAUCGUUGUGAUCCCAUGUUGACUGAUCAGUUAUUAAAGGCGCUGACAUCUGGUGAAAGUGACCUUAGAUCUGGGAGCGUUCGGUGGCAUGAUGCCUGCUUUCAUGUCCCGGCUGUAAUACGUGAAAUUUUAGCGGCUUACGAAUCACAGUUGGUUUCUGACGAAGAAGUCGAGAGAAUUCUCGAUACAUUACGGACUCAGAUGUGCUGCCUUUCGGUGUGCGCUGCCGCUUGGUUGAGAUUUUACAUCCAAGUUCAACCAAUGAAUUUAAAAAGCAAACCCACUAUGAUGCUAGACCAUUUGAUGACUCCUCUUAGUCUGGACGACUCUAAAGAGCAUUACAGAGAGAGAUCAGUGUUAAUGCUGCAAAUCAUUCGCCGUCUGGCUCAAGACGAAAACCCUCUUCAAAGUGUUUCUGACAAUCAAGACCAAAGUUUAGAUCAUCAGCUGGUCAAACUUUGGAGCAAAAUUUUGAAUCACGGAUGGUCAGACCACUGUACUACAAUGGGAAUCGAUCGACUUUAUAAAAUUGGCGGAGCGACAUGGCUUGUCACUUCUUUAGUGAAGGCAGUUAUCAAAGAGCAAUCUUCUGACAAAAGACAACGUUGCGUCGAAGGGGCGCUAUCAGUAGCACACUUGGAUUUGGAAAGCUGCGCAAUUUCUUUGGCCACUAGAGUCCUACCUUUCUUACUAACUCACUCGUCAAUGCUCGCAAGUGACGAGGAAACAGGUGGACCAGGUGGAAAGGCUUUAGCGCAGUUGGCUGUGCUGCUAUUUACUGCUGCAUUGAAUAACCAAAUAGCAUCAGACUCAGAUCCUUCAACUGCCUCCAAGAAAUCGGGUUCAAAGCGCGCCAUCGAUUGGGAUUUGAAUACGCCUGGUUUCCGCUAUCCUCCUUUGAAAAAAGUGGCUUUGCACGAUGAUGAACUGGAGGCUCUCUGUGUUGCUUCUAGCACAUCCCACGAGAACAAACCGCUAUCUAAUGCCAUUGCAAACCUGAUGCAAUUAAUGACCCGAGUUGCUGGAGAUGGCAUCAUCACCCCACAACUGGCAUUUAUCAGCUAUUUCAUUCACACAAUGGCAGAAAUAACAUCGCUUAAAACCAAAGAGGUCAUGAAACCCCUUUUGAGUUUAAUACCUCCAGCGCUGGUUUUUUACAUGCUAGCCGCUUGGCCUGGAUUAAUGUCUAUUUCAGACGUGGCCAAGCUCUUAGCUCAUCCUGGCGAUGAAAUGGGUGUCGGAAAAAUCGCUGCCCGAAUUGUUUGUGCAUUUAAAAAUACAAACUAAUGCAUUAUA